AUUUGUUGGCCUGUCCAUCACCACAGCAAACAAGAAGAGGCUCAGAACGUUAAUGCAGUCCCACUUCCACCUUGAACUCCUCUGUAUUCUUCUGUAGUUGCCACAUGUCUGCACAUCUUCCUUGUUCAUGAAAAGUGGUGCCAGCACACUUCUCCAUUCCUCGGGCAUCUUCUCGUUUUCUAAGUCUCUAGUCAGAAAUUUGACUGCUGUCUCUCUUAGACAUGUCCACACCUCCACAGUUAUACCAUCAGGACCAACUGCCCUUCCAUUCUUCGCCGUUUUCAGUGCCUUCCUUACUUCUUCCAUACUAGUCUUUGCUACCUCCUAAUCCACAAUGGCCACUUCGGCUGCUUUUUGUUGCCUCUUAUUUUCCUCAUUCAUCAUCUCUACAAAGUACCCCUUCCAUCUUCCCAUCACACCUGCUGCCCCUCUCAGUACAUUUCCACCCAAAUCCAUAAUCACCCUAACCUGCUGAACAUCCUUCCCAUAUCUGUUUAUCUGCCUCGCCAAUCUGUAUAAAUCCCUCUCUCCCUCCUUACUGUCCAACCUAUCAUGUAAGUCACCAAAUGCCCUUUGUUUUCCCUUAUAGGUCUACCUUCACUUUACGUUGCAUCUUGCCGUACUCCUGGUGACUCUGUUAUGUCAUCACCAUGUCCCACUUCCUCUUAACUGAUCUUGUUCUCCGAGCAUACUCCUGUACUUCCUUGUUCCACCACUAAGUCUACUUAUCAACUUUUCUUCCAGAAGACAUGUCAAGUACUCCCCUACCUGUCUCCCUGAUAGCAGAUGUUGUGGUUGUCCAGUCAUCUGGAAGCACCUCCUAACCACCCAGAGCCUGUCUCAACUCCUCCCUGAAAGCAACACAACUUUUUCCUUUUUCCAGCUUCCACCACUUUGUCCUCUGCUCUGUGGUUUGUGGUAGGCUAAUCAUUAAGGAUAAUAAAAAAAAGGCAGAUUGCACCACCCCAGGGCCGCUUAAAUCCCUGUCAAGCUCUCCAUGGAGUUCGGGCCCAAACGAGCAGCCGUUAUGAGCAAGGAGGAAGUCAUGGAUCAGCAGCAGCCCAGCAGACCAACAUGGAGUAGGCAGAUAGAGUUCACCUUGGCUGGAAUCGGCUGUGCCGUGGGUCUGGGGAACGUUUGGAGGUUCCCUUAUCUCUGCUACAGGAGCGGAGGAGGUGCCUUUCUGGUGCCCUAUCUGCUCAUGUUGGUGGUACUGGGAAUCCCUCUGCUCUACAUGGAGCUUACUGUGGGCCAGUACACGAGGAGAGGCCCUGUUCAUGCUCUGGCCACUGUUUGCCCGCUCUUAAAAGGGGUGGGCAUGGCAUCUGUGGCUAUCUCCUUCAUCAUGUGCACAUACUACAACGUCGUCAUCACCUGGGCCUUGUAUUACCUCUUCAGCUCCUUCCAGGCACCUCUUCCAUGGCAGAGCUGCAACAACACCUGGAACACGCCCAAUUGCACGGACCAUGCCACCAACAGCAGCUACUCAUCCACGGCAAGCCAAGAGUUCUUCAAAUAUAAGAUGCUCGGCCAGACAAACGGGGUAGAGGAAACAGGAACGCUGCGGUGGGAGCUUUUCCUCAUCCUCAUCCUGGCUUGGAUCCUCAUAUAUCUUUGCAUCUUUAAAGGAGUCAAGUCAACGGGCAAGGUGGUGUACUUCACCGCUCUGUUCCCAUACGUCAUCCUCAUCGCCCUGCUGAUCAACAACGUGCAGCUUCCAGGCGCAUCGGAGGGGAUUGCUUUCUUCAUCGUGCCUGAGUGGGACAAACUGCGCUCCGUGGAGGUGUGGGUGAACGCUGCAGCUCAAAUCUUCAACUCCAUCGGGAUUGGUUUCGGCUCCCUGCUGGCCAUGUCGAGCUACAACUCCUUCAACAACAACGUCCUUAAGGACACACUAUUCAUAUCCAUCACCAAUUCCCUGACCAGUAUCCUGGCAGGCUUCGUCAUUUUCUCUGCCUUCGGCUACAUGUCUUACCUGCAGGGCAUUCCUGUCAGCCAGCUGGCAGUGGAUGGUCCAGGAUUAGUUUUCGUUGUUUACCCACAAGCCUUCGCCAACAUGCCGGUGUCUCAGCUCUGGGCUGUCCUGUUCUUCUUCAUGCUGCUGUGCCUGGGGCUGGACAGCGAGUUUGCGAUGGUUGAGGUGUUGGUGACCAGUUUCAUGGACCAGUUUUACCAACGUGUGAUCCGAAUUUUCAAGAGGCAGGAACUGUUUGUUCUUGCGAUCUGUGGCGUGGCCCUUCUCCUAGGGAUCCCAUGUGUCAUGCAGGUAGGAAUCUUUGUCUUCCAGCUGAUGGACCAUUACACUGCCAUCGUGUCCAUUAUGUUCCUUGCAUUUUUUGAGAUUAUAGCCGUCUGUUGGAGUUAUGGUGUAAAGAGACUUUCAAGCAACCUGGAGGAGAUGACCGGAAGAAAGCCAAACAUCUUCUUCAGGUUGUGCUGGCUCGUAGUUGAUCCUGUUCUCAUCACUGUCAUUCUGAUUUUCUCCAUCAUCCAGUUCAGACCGGCUCGCUACGGGGACUAUGUCUUCCCUCCCUGGGCUCAGGGUGUUGGCUGGGUCAUUGCGCUGGCCUCCAUCAUCUGGAUUCCUUUGGGUGCCAUUCACACCUUGUGGGUGCUACCUGGCUCGCUCAUGAAGAAACUGAAGCUGUCCAUCACACCAUACGCCCUGAAUGAGACUGAAGGUCUCUAUAAGGAGAGGGGUGGAGGAACUGGAGAACCGUCCAUAUCAGUCAUCAGCUCCAACACCAGCCUACCUGAAAAAUCUCAGUUUGAGACAAACUUCUGACACCUUUUUGCUCGUAAUGCUCUGGCACCAUCUGAGGCAAAGUGUUAAGCUCCAGCUAAUCUUUAAAGAAUCCCAGUCUUUGAAUCUUGCACAAUCUGCUCAGGAAACUUCACAGAUGUGUUUUAUAAAAAAUAAAUAAAUAAAAUUAUACACGAUUAGGGGAACCUGUUUUAUGCAUAUCUGCCUUGCAGAGAAAUGAAAAGAUCAAGUUAUUGUAACCUGGGCAAUGUACUUUUGGAAAUUGUAAAUUGUAUGAAGCGUACAACAUUUGUUUACUCUGUUUUAAAGGAAUAGAGAGGUUUUAGAAUUGCUUCUGUUUACUGUAUUUUACCAACACAGACCCACUUCACUGGCCUUAUUUAUUGACUUUACGUUGCACGAGAGAGCCAUCUUUUGGUCAAAUCAGUUCAACACAUGCGAUCAGGCAAGCAGCAUGUUUUUCUAGUAAAACAAGAUAAUAGCGCUGUUUAACAGUCACAGUCCAAGGUGGAACUGCCAUGAUCUUAUUACUGCUGACUCAUUUAUUAGGUCAACUACAACAGGGAACUGCAGAUAAAACUACUUGGUCAUGCUGUCAUGUAAGAUAUAAUAAUAAUAAAAACAAAACCUGUGACCAAAGUGCAGUUGGUGCAUUUCUGUUUCAAUCCUAAGACGAUUUAAAAAGCACACGUUAGAAAAAGCACGAAGAACAUGAGGGGAAUAGUAUUUAUUUUGUUUAUUCAGUACAUGAGAAAUUUCCAAUAGAAGGAUACGUGUAUACGGCUAGCUUCCGUUUCUGAACUCCACAGUGCAGAACAGAUGCUACACAGGCAAUUAGGUGGACUGUAAUAAAAAA